AUGACAGUCGAGCGUUGGCUAAGGCUCCAGGGAAAGGGUCUGGCUAUGCUGCUGGUGACCCGGGGGGUCUGGGGAUCCAGGGUCCGAGUAUGGUCCCUGUUGCCCACGCUUCUCGGGCCCCCCCGGGCCCUGUCGUCGCUAGCGGCCAAGAUGGGGGAGUACCGCAAGAUGUGGAACCCCACGGAGCCCCGCGACUGGGCCCAGCAGUACCGCGAGCGGUUCAUCCCGUUCUCCAAGGAGCAACUGCUCCGCCUCCUGAUACAGGCCUUGUAUGACCCCAUCAACCCCGACAGGGAGACCCUCGACCAGCCUUCGCUUACGGACCCACAGCGUCUGUCCAACGAACAGGAGGUGCUCCAGGCUCUGGAGCCCCUGCUGGCCCAGGCCAAUUUCUCCCCGCUGUCUGAGGACGCUCUGGCCUACGCUCUGGUGGUCCACCACCCUCAGGAUGAGGUCCAGGUGACAGUAAAUUUGGAUCAGUAUAUCUACAUGCAGUUCUGGGCCCUGGGCCAGCGAGUUGGGCAGAUCCCCCGUAAGUCCAGCGUGGGCUCCAAACGUGGCUUCAUCAGGUCGCCCCCCGCAGAGAGGAGGUACUUCAAGCGGGUGGUGCUAGCGGCCCGAACGAAGCGGGGGCACCUGGUGCUGAAGAGCUUCAAGGACACGCCGCUGGAGGGUCUGGAGCAGCUGCUGCCCGAGCUGAAGGUGCGCACGCCCACCCUGCAGCGUGCGCUGGUUGGCACCGGUCCCAGGAGUGUGGACUGGACUGAGACCUCCCUGUGGCUCCAGUCCGAGGUAGAGAACUGGCUUCUGGCCCAGUCGGGCUGUGACGUGGCCUUCAACGGAACUCGGGCCCUGGCCCACCUGCAAGCCCUGACCCCCAGCGUCGGGAUGUACCCGCCCCCGGGUUUCCCCAAACUAGACGCGUUGCCUGCAGUCAUUUCCGAGUCCCCCCGGUCCGCACCCAGUAGUGACAAGCCCUGA